AUGGCGGAACUAUCGUCGCGAAUGCAAAAGACAGCCUCGGCCAUCCUACCCAAGAUCGCCGCCACGAUUGCAGAGCGUACAAGCGCCACGCGCAAGAUUGACCUCGCAACAGCAGAGAACUGGCUGCUACGCCCAGAAAUUGUCGAGAUUUGCAAGACCGCCAUCCAGGAGAACUUGACGGAGGCGAAACUGUCGUAUCCGGAUGGAUUUGGUGGCGACCCCAAGCUGCAAGAGGCCUUUGCCGCGUUCUUCAACAAAUACUUUGACCCCGUGUCCAGGGUAGAGACUAGGGACAUUGUCGUCACGCCCGGGGCAAGCAGCUGCCUGGACUCGCUACUGUUUAGUCUCUGCGAAGUAGGCGACAGUGUCCUGGUGUUGGCACCGUACUGGAGUGGAUUCGACUUUCACUUCGUGCUCCGCCCAAACAUCAAUAUCAUCCCGGUGUAUACCGAUGCUGUGUGCCUACUAGACCAGCCGGAAGACCUGCUCUCGGAGUCACUGGUUCCGGCACUCCAAAGAGCAAUCGAGAACUGUGAUGACGAGGACUGUGUCAAGGCCUUGGUGAUAACGAACCCUCACAAUCCGAUUGCUCGGUGCUACCCCAGACACAUCUUGCAGGAGGCAAUCCACUGGUGUGCUGAGCGCGGGCUGCAUUACAUCUCUGAUGAAGUCUAUGCAAUCUCGGACUUUUCAGCGACGGAGAGUUUGCCUGAGACAAAUGGAGUGACGAGUCUUGGGGAGAAUGGUGGCGGGACACCAGAGGCUACCGCUGUCAACGGAUCAAAGGAGCACCACGCUGUGCCGUUUGUUUCUGCCCUUGCGCUCGAGCUCGAGGCCGAUAAGACGCCUCCAAUUAGUGUCAUCUGGAGCACCUCAAAGGACCUUGGAUCAAGUGGGUUCCGCAUGGGCGUUCAUGUGUCGAGACGACGCCCAGUGAGCAGUGAGACAAACGGAGACUCAUCGGAGGCUUACGCGACAGUUGCAGGGCCUUCGCUCCUCACAACGUCCCUUGGCCUCUUGUCGACAACUCAACUUCCGACCAUUUCCAUGUUAGUUACGUCUGCCCUGCUGACCUCUGAUUCAUUCGAUGCGCUCGUCGCCCAGAACCGACAGCGACUGCGGGAACAUCACAAGAUUAUGUCUCGCCGGCUGCAGAAAUGGGGUGUGCCUUUUAUUCCAGCGACGAGCGGCCCGUACGUGCUCGCAUAUCUUGGGGUUAAGGUCGGGGAUCUGCAGCGGCGCAGCCGUGACGAGACUGCGGCUGCAUCGUCAUCCCAAGGCCAACAGGAAGAUGAUCCGACCAACAUGAAGCGACGAAGGAUGUCUGUCUCGGGGCACGAGGGUGAGGAUGUCAUUGAUGUGCUGCGGCGUGAGGCCUCGGUGCUCGUCUCUCCUGGCAAGAGUUUCCAUAUGCGCGGGAAAAGCGACACUCCAGAGCCGAUGGACGGAUGGGCGAGAAUCAAUUUCGCGAUGCCGGCUGAGGUGCUAGAGGAUGCGCUGAAUCGCAUUGGGAAAACAUUGGGACUUGAAUGA